UCCUCCUUCUUACCUCCUUCAGGUUGCUCUGUCCACUGGCUGCAAUGAUUUGCCUGUUCCUGACUUUAUUUUCCUACAUCUUACGGCCAGGCUGGACUGGUGUGAAUGAACGCACCUUCAUUGCCGUGAAGCCAGAUGGCGUGCAGCGGAGACUGGUGGGAGAAAUUGUGCGGCGCUUUGAGAAGAAAGGCUUCAAACUGGUUGGCCUCAAACUAACGCAGGCGACUGAGGAUCUUCUUAAGGAACAUUAUUGGGACCUGAGGAGCAAGCCGUUCUUCGGUAACCUUAUCAGCUACAUGAGGUCUGGACCAGUCGUUGCCAUGGUGUGGCAGGGUUUGGACGUUGUCAAGACCGCUCGUAAGAUGUUAGGAGAGACCAACCCAGCAGACUCGCUGCCUGGAACAAUCCGCGGAGACUACUGUGUGGAAGUGGGCAGGAACGUGAUCCACGGCAGCGACUCUGUGGAGAGCGCCCAGAAGGAAAUCUCUCUGUGGUUCCGGCAGCACGAGUUGCAGUGGUGGGAAGACAGCAGCAACGACUGGAUCUACAACUGAGACUUUACAUGUACUGCCUGCAUACUGUCCUGUAGCUCAACCAGUGUUUUUGUUAAUUUUAAUAUGUAGAAGUGAUAAGAAGGAUCAUAUCAUACCUCAGAUGAAUAUUGUUUUGGCUUUAGUAGCUUGUAGCCACAUUGAAAAUGAGGUCACGUUGCUGCCUUGCUGGAUCUCUCGCUGCUGCUUCUUUUUCCAAUAUUUUUUUCUAUCUGAACCACAAUAGAGGUGAAAUGACUUCACCAAAAAUGCACGCAACGAGCAAUAAUUUGAUCAGUAUCAAACUCUCUCAUACUUAGUUUUUAAGCAAUAAGCUUGGAUUUGGAGCAAUAGAUAUAUAAGCAUUUAUUUAAAGUGCAGCACAAGAAACUGUAUAGUGUCUAUAUAAGUAUACAGUCAAUGUAUUAAAUAUAUAAUAACAUCUAACCUAUUCACCAGUUCAGUUUGUUUUACAUUAACUGAAAUUUGAACAAAGCAAAAAAAUAAUUUUUCCCCGUCACUUGAAACAAACUCCUUUCAGUUUUCACUAAAAAAUCAGCCAGAUGUUCAUGUUACUACUUAUUCCUCGCAAUGUAAAUCAUGGAUGCAUCAAGAGAAAUACAUACAGUGUUGGAGGCGGUGCUUCGUUCAUUCCUGUGAAAGCUGCUCAGUGGAACAUGAAGCUAAAAAAGUUUGCCUUCCAGUUCUAAAAUUACCUGGAUCUUCCGGGAUUAUGUGGCACUCCAGAUACUUCCACCUGCCAUUUAGCCCUCCACUAACCUGAAUAGGAUUAAAAUAAUCAAAUUUUGCGUCUUUUUUCCCUUCUUUUUAGACUUUUCAUAUGUUAUAGGACCGAAUUGAUUCUGUUAGUCAAAUGAGUCAUUUCACGUAGGUUGUGAUAUCCACAGAUUUCCGGAUGUCUCUUUUACAAGUUUUUUUUGGCCAGGAAGUUGUAAUUACACAGUUUGGCCACUAUGUCAAAUUUGUUCCUGGGGGCUUGAUGAAAAUCCAUCAUCUGCACCAGGAUAUAAAGAUGUGAUUUUAGUAAAUUAAAAACUGGAGUAUAACUUUGACCUGGGAGCAAUCAAGCAACGCCACCAACACAAUCACAAUUUUCAUUUUCAUGUACCUUUUAAAUUCAAAUUCUCCAAUGUUGUAACAGCAGAUUAUUGCACACACUUGGGACUACUUGAAUGUAUGGUUUGAAGUUUUAACAGCUUUCUCAGAGCAUGGAGCUCUGGUUUUGGUUUUGUAAUUUUAUCAUCUCAGGCUUGGUUUCAAAAUUUGAAAUGAAACCUUAAUGCACCAAUUUAAAUGUGCUUUUGUGGUACGUGUGCUGUUGUCAUUUUUCCAGCAACUAGCCAGUCUUGUCACAUUCUUGCUUUUAUAAAACACCAUGAUGCUGUAUGGAUUUACAGAAACAAUAAAUCAUCUUGAAAUCCUUU